AUGAAGUGCGACUGCUGGCGCGACUUAACAUCAGAGAUGUCCCUCUCGACUGACCCUGAACAAGUCUUCCGGGUCAUAAAUGCCAUCUCAGCUGGCGACGUGUUAAAAUCUUACCGAUACCCAAGAAGAACAAACAAGCCUGCAUAUAAGAUUGGAUCCUACCGCCCCAUCAGUCUCACCAGCUACAUGUACCUUGCUAAGCUUGUGGAGACCCUCGUCAAGGCCCGCCUGAUGUACUUUCUGGAGAGCAACACCUUGCUGAGCAACAAUCAAUCGGGUUUUCGCAAAUUAAGGUCUACCGAAGACCAAGUCCUGUGCCUAACGCAACACAUUUCAGAUGGGUUCCAGGCACGCCCCAAAAUGCAACAAACUUUGCUACCCCUCGUGGACUUCUCGCGUGCCUUCGACAAGGUAUGA